UGAGGGCAGUGUUCUAAUUUAGGGGGGAUAGGAUUGGGAAUGCCCGUUAGAUGUGGCUUGCCGAUAAUAGCACACAUCAGCCACAGCGCUGCAAAUGAGAGCACAGGCAGAGAGCAGGGGACUGAGUGCAGAAUGAUACCAUAGAGCACAGAGCGAGAGAAGGAGUGGGAGAGAGUGUAUUGUCAGCACGUUGGAGAGCGCAAAGAACAGAGGACUGAGAGAGUGCAGGAAAGGAGGAGAAGAAGCGGAGAGAGGGAAAAAAGAUAGAGGAUUGUGUUUUUGUAGGGGGGUAAAAGUUCCCACCGCUCCAGGCAGAAAGCAGACCUGAGGUCAGCAGCAGGGAGAAGUGAACCAGGUGGAAGAAGUCGAGCAGCUGACAGCAGGAGAGAAAGAGUCACAGGGGGUCUGCUCUCACGGCAAACAUCACAGCAGUGUGGAGAGCACAGGAGAUCCAGGGGACACUAUUGAAACUUACCGACUCAAGGACGCAGUCUGCCGUCACUUGUCAGGGUAAUAAUGGUUCUCACUGGACUAGGGCUUCUCUGCAUGGCUAACUCAAGAGCAUGAGAGCAGACGCUGGGCAUUGGGCGGAAGACACAUAGAGCUGGGAAUAGCGCCUGUGUCGUUCCUUCCUCUCACUUACCUGUGUUGGGGAGAUAGAAAGAUUCUGAUAUAGAAACAUUCCGAUUGUCUGGCCUUGAAGAGAAUCAGUACAGAGCAGAGAGGGAGAGAGGAGCCGGUUAGAGUGGGAGAGUUCUGUCCUCUCAUCUCUGAGACAUGGUAGAGUGUGUAACAGUAGCGAGCCCCUCAGCAGCAGCAGCAACAGCCCCAGAGCAUGGAGAAGUCCAGCAGUGAGGAGUCAGCCAUUCACCGCAGCCCGUCCGUGGAUAGCCGCGACUCUGACUUUGCCCGAGCCUCUACAUCUGGCCGCCCGUUCGGUGGCCGCGGCUUCACCGCCGGCGCGUUCUACGGCUCCACGGGGCCACGUGGCGCCUCCGCCGCACAGGGGCAGGCUGGGACAGCGGCCGAUGCCAGCGUCAACAUCGGAGGAGACAAGAGCAGCAAUAACAAGUACACGGCGCCCAAAGGCAGCAAAUACGUGGUCUUUUACCUGGAUCUAUCCUUUGUGUUCCUUUUAGAAUUCAAGAAGUGCAACAUGGCACGGGGCUGUCUCUGCUGUUUGAAGUACACGAUGUUCCUCUUCAACCUCAUCUUCUGGUUGUGUGGCUGUGGGCUGCUCGGCGUGGGCAUCUGGCUGUCUGUGUCCCAGGGCAGCUUUGCCACCUUCUCGCCCUCCUUCCCGUCGCUCUCCGCUGCCAACUUGGUCAUCGCCAUCGGCGCCAUCGUCAUGGUGACCGGCUUCCUGGGCUGCCUGGGCGCCAUCAAGGAGAACAAGUGCCUGCUUCUGAGUUUCUUCAUUGUCUUGCUGAUAAUCCUGCUGGCAGAGCUGAUACUACUCAUCCUGUUCUUCGUGUAUUCAGAUAAGGUCAGCGAGAAUGCCAAGCAGGACCUGAAGGAUGGCUUGUCUCUGUACAACACAGACAACAAUGUAGGCCUCAGGAACGCAUGGAACAUCAUCCAAGCAGAGUGGAAGUGCUGUGGGGUGGUAGGGUACACAGAUUGGCACGAGGCCCUCAAGGAGAAGGUGGUGCCCGACCGCUGCUGCCAGGAGCACUACCAGGAGUGCGGACGCAACUCCACCAACAUGUUCUGGACACGGGGCUGCUAUGAGAAGGUGGAGGAGUGGCUCGAUGACAAUAAGCAUCUCAUGGGAACCAUUGGCAUGUGCAUCUUGGUAGUGCAGCUCCUGGGAAUGGCGUUCUCCAUGACACUGUUCCACCAAAUCCACAGAACAGGGAAGAAGUAUGACGCUUAGCGUGGGACAGACAGCACACAGGGAAAGGAGCCCCAUGUACUGCCUGAUGGGAUAGACUCUGGAUGCCCCCCCCCCCCCCCUCCCCAUACCUCCUGUAUCACAAAGCCUCCCACUCCCCACUCUUCCCAGAAACCCUGUACAGACUGCAGCUGUGUCACCCUUGUCCUCUUCUCUGUCCACUCCACCAUUCAUUUGCCAAAGAUAAAUGGGACUGGAAGAUGUCUUAUGUCGUCUCUCUCCUUUUCAGAAGUAAAUAUAAAUGUUUUGGGCGCUUGGACUAAUAGUUUUGCGGGAAGCUUUACUAAUGCUCACAUCCCCCCUGCAAGGCGAAGAAAGCGGUGAAAAGAAAGAUUAGAUUGUAGUCUCCAGGUUUUCAUGGAUUUUGUCGUGUUGAUUGUUCAUGUUAACUUCCUCUUUCCCUUGUAAAUGAUGAAAGGCUCCGACAUGCUAUGCUAGUUUUCUACUCCCCGGAACCCUUUUGUCAGACAUUUUUUCCCCCCAAUACAGUAUGAUUUGUUUCUUCUAAAUGUGUCCUUUAUGCUCUUAUGAAAUGGAGUGUUUGAUAUGCUUAGUCAAGACCCUGUUCCUGGAGAGCUACCAUUCUGUAGGUUUUCACUCCAACCCUGUUCCUGGAGAGCUACCAUUCUGUAGGUUGUCACUCCAACCCUGUUCCUGGAGAGCUACCAUCCUGUAGGUUGUCACUCCAACCAUCAUCUAGUGCACCUGAUUUGUAUAAUUGGCUGGUUUAUAAAUUGAAUCAGCUUAGUUACAAAUGGGGUUGGAAAAAAAACCUACAGGAGGGUAACCCUCCAGAAACAGGGUUGGAGAGCCCUGUGUUAUCUGUUGUCAGAGGUGUGGAAUGGAUGAGAUGCACAGGAGGCUGCUGAGGGGAGGACGGCUCAUAAUAAUGGAUGGAAUGGAGUGAAUGGAAUGGUAUCAGACGAAUGGAAACUAUGUGUUUGAUGUUUUCGAUGCCAUGCUAUUUAAUAUAUUCCAGACAUUACGGCCACCUGUGAUGAGAUGUGAUGAGUUGCUGUGGAUCAGGGAUGGGCAACUCCAGUCCUAGGGGGGCGAACUGGUGUGACACUCUUCUCCUAGCCCUAUAGCUAACACACCUGAUUAGACAAAUUGCAUGAAUCUAAACUGAAGACUAUGGGCGUGUUCCUCUGCCCAGGCGUUGCUGACGCAUGCCAGAUCUUACAAUGCCUGGAUAGGUAUUUUACUUAUCAGCUAAACACAUCAUAUGGUAAAGCAAUCGUUCAGUCUAUGACUUAGUCAAUGAAGUGGCACGCAACCAUUGGCACGUAAUGUCUGAGCAGGUAGCACAGGACCCAUGAUCAGUUGAUUAUUGGAGUCUGGUGUUAGCAGUGGCUGGGGAAAACGUGUGUCACCAACCAGGCCCCUGAGGACUGGAGUUGCCCAUCCUUGCUGUGGAUGGUCAGGGGUUGGGGUGGGUCGUAGGUCAAGGUUGUAAUGCCAUGAGCCCUAAGUGGGUGGUGCCCUGGAUUCGUAGAGGUGUUUCCUGUGAUGGAAAGAAUUACACUUCAGAGGAAUCAAGUUAAGAGUGCAGGGCUCUCCAACCCUGUUCCUGGAGAGUUACCCUCCUGUAGGUUUUCGCUCCAACCCCAGUUGUAACUGACCUGAUUCAGUUUAUCAACCAGCUAAUUAUUAGAAUCAUCUGCACUAGAUUAGGGUUGGAGCAAAAACCUACCGAAUGGUAGCUCUCCAGGAAUGCCUGAACUCUUUAGUUUUUAUUCCCUCUCUUUCUCCAUCUCAUCCUUUCGCUCUCUCUCUUACUUUUUACAUGUCGGAACGGCAGGGGGGCGAGACAAGCUCUUCACAGUACACAUUUUCACUGACAUUCCUGCUAGACUAAGUGAUGAUGUGUCUACACCUGUAGUCUGGAUUCUGCUGCUGUAGUUUUCAAAGCGCCUUCCCUGCGUCAGUCAGUCACAGAGUGGGUGGAAGGGAGGGAGUCUGAUCAAAAGGCGAGGCUGUGGUUCGGAUAUGGCAACGCGCCCUGUAGGACAAGUCGUUUUACUAGUGCUAUAACGGUGGCUUAUGUGCGGUUCAACAGCAGGAGACCUGUUUAGUACAAGAACAAGGGUAGGUUUCAGGGUACGUAGAUAACUACACUCUAAGCUGCUUGGGAGGGCUUUACCAACAUGAUCAUGUUCAUUAGGCACUGGAACAAAAUGGACUGAAACAGUUUAGGACUACCUGGAUAAGAAACGGUCAUUUUUGUAGCAUAAACAUUUUCCUUUGCAUGCCCUAAUGAACAUGGCCCCGUUUUCCUUUAACAUGUCAACAUGCAGAAGUAGAGGGAACUUAAAUAAGCAUUCACUUGCAACCUUCUGCUUGUAGUAAUCAAUUCAUUGACUUAUCGUUAACAUGAAGGAGGGGAGGUUGGCUGAACUGACUGGAUGUUUACUGUACUUUGGGGAAUUUGGUUAGAAGUUAGAUAAUCGGGACCAGAAGUGUCUCAGUUCUAAAAUCUCAUCCUACAAUUGCAGGAGGGUUAGAGGCUAGGAUGCUGCUUGGGAUAAGAGGUGUAAGAACUCUGACAUUGCUGCUACAUGCAGAUGUCGUGUGAAGGAUCGAGGAGGCGGCAGGAGGGAAAGGACAUUUUGCCAAACGCAGCGAACUCGGAGACACUGCGGCCUUCACACUCUGUCUGCAUUAAGGAUCAUCUUCAGGACCAUCUAAGGUCAUUCAUUAAAUCUUAAUUUGAACAUAUUGGGAUGUACAAUACUCUACAUAGUGGUAGAUGGCAGCAGAUGUGGGUUUUGUGCAUGGCUGUGUCACAGGCUCAGACAGUUGUUGUUGACCUUUCUGUCUCUGAUUCACUGGAUGCCCCAUCAUAAUCCAUGUUUUACAACCACAGGAAAAACAUGACAGCUGCUGAUGUAAAGCACUGGCAUGAGCGCUUCAAAUCCUCUGCCUGGAUGCAUCCACAAACAUUCGGCACAAUUUAUCGCUCCAGCAAAUGCCGCGAGGUACAUGCCAGGGUCGACAUUUGUAGAGAUGUGACAAUUGUCGUUGGUCACGUAAGAACAGGUUUGUACCCUGUGUACCUACAUCCGUGUACCCUCUGCCACUUUGCUUGCUCCCAGAAGUAAUACUGCAUCUGAUAAUCAUAGACUAAAGAGCACGUUCAUCUCAGCUGAUCAGAUCUGUGAUCAUUAUUGUAUUGUGAAAGUCUGACAUUGCGACAUUGUGUGAAGUGAUUUGGGGUGGAAGGGUUAGAUGUUGAAUGAAAUGCAGAAUAGCCACUCCAUCAUGAAGAUAGAUAUACAUGAUAAAAUCCUGAUACAAAACCGGCUUCACACAGUCCAUAUGUCAGACUUCGUUCAAGAAUCAUUUCAAAAAUCCCAAACAGUUUUCCCCGUUGUCAUUGACGUAACGUGUAACUGUCAUGUGUAACUGCCAUCUCUGAAAUGUCGGUUUUCUACCGUUUGACAUUUUUCUGUUCUUCGGAAAGGAAUCCAUUCAAGUCUUUGCUUCCCGCAUUCUCCCACCGUCAAGUGGUUUUUCAGUGUUUUAUCAAACAUAUGUUGUUCGUUCAUGUUCAUAGAGGAGAAGAAGUCUAUCACUUUAACACUAGUGUUUUAUGAUGUUGUGUCGUUGUACAGGAGCUGUUUUUUGUCUCUUGUUUUCAUACGAUCUGCUCUUUUACUGUGUUCUACUUGGCUUUGUUGUGUCAGAAGCUCACUGUCAGUCAUCUGGAGAACAUUAGGAUUAUAUCCUUGGGAUUAUAGACAGAUAGUUAGACGGGGGAAUUGAAGACAAACAGGAACGUAACGUUAUUCCUUUUUAGGGUGCAACUAAACCACCUUCCUGUCUUGACUUCGCCGCAGGCAUUUAUUCCAGUCCUGUUUUGAGGGAGGAACAUGCCGUCUGAGUAGGAGGAUCAAUACAUACUGCAUGUUUGCUGUUUUGUUUUCUCUAUACGGAGAGCUGGAUCCAAACCGCAUCGUAAAAGUAUUGCAGAAAAUCCGAGUUUUAGGUCGAUUUAAAUUUAAUGUCAAUAUUCCCGCAUUCACAUAUGUCGGCUCAAUCUGAAAUGACCUUACAAAUGUCAUCCAUUUUGUGUACAUUAGGAUGUGCUAUUCUAUUAUCUGCGGUAUGUCUUUAACCAUGCCUGUACCCUUCUUGUAAAUGCCGGCCCAACUCUGCCCUAUGGAAUUGUUCUUACUGCAUUACUGUUAUUCUAGUCCUGGGAGUAACUGAUCAACUGAUCAACUGUUCUUGUUGCACAUCUGCAAUAGGAAGGACCCCAUUAACCUAAUGCCCAUUGGCAACUUCUGAUAUUGACAGAAGAUGAUAUGAACAUCCACGCUCUCUCUGGACUGUUUAUUUUUGGAAGUCAUUUUCUUAGCUGUACGGGCGGUAACUAAUUUCCUACCCAUUAAUUCAUGUUGUUCAUCUUUUAUUUGUUUGAUAGAUUGUUUGCAUUUGUACUUUUUAAUUCAGGAGCAUUGUAAAAGAAAAUGUAAAUGUGUUUUUUGGAGGGGGGGGGGGGGGGGUUAGUACUGUAUUGCUAGUUUAAUUUACAGUAUUGCAGCUUGUAGUGAGAAAUAGGAUACAUUUCAUUCGUGGAUUUGGAAUGAGCAUUAAGUAUUUUUUUUCCCCUCUCUUCACAUGGAAACACUGCCACAGACUGGAGAUGGAAAGGGAAGAAUGGUUAUUGGGGGUUUUGUCUGCUAUGGAAGCAGCUCAUUUCUACCACCUUUGACAUAUUUUAUAAUCUCAUCACUAAUCCCUCACCACUAAAGCUGACUAUCUGAGCUGUUCUGAAAUGUAAGCUCUUGAAUGGUGUGUUUGAUGUAGUGUCAUGGCAAACCGCAGUGUUAUCUGCUCCAUGUCAGCCUUGUCCUGUGGAAUUUUUUUUUGUUGCAACAUGUAAAAGAACUCUGAAUAUCUAUAUUAGGUGGUGCACUACAUUUCAUUCUUUAAAUCCUAAUAUUUUUUAAAUAAAGGAAAGUGUGUCGCAAAAUCCCACUAUACCCUGUACGCUCAUUUGCCUUUCAUGUUUGAAGACUGACGUUAUUGUGUUGCUUUUGUCUUGGCACCGUUAAGUAUAGUUUUUAAAAGUACGGUUUGAUUCGGAAUCAUGUAUAAUAUUUUGGUAUAUUGAACGGAGCGAAUCAGUGAGUGAGCUGUCAGAAGUUAGGCUACAUCAGGGGAAACCGUGAACAGCAUCUUCCCUUAAAAUGUGUGCUCAUUUAAAGAUAAUGAAACCUAAGGGGCAGCUACUGCAUACAGUGUGAUGAACUAAUCACAAUAGAAACUCAAAUGACAGUGGUCAGGUUUUAAGUUGUAUUAGUGGUAUGUACGGGAUGCGCUUGGUAUACAUUGUCCAGUGAAAUGCUUACUUGCAGGUUCCUUCUCAACAAUAAGAAAUAAUAAAAUAUAUGAAUAUGAACAUAAAAUAAAUUACAGCAGAAUAGAAUAAACAUUUUAGCAUAAGUAUAAUACAGGAAGGCACAAUGUAUAGUCCAAUAUUUACAUGUGUAUUGGUGAAUGGGGGAAGCGUGUAUAAAUUGAGCAGUAUAAUAAGUCUGAGCCAUAUAUAGAUAUCUCUAUAUACUGUAUCUCACUAUAUCUAUGGCUUUGAUUUUCUUUGAGUUGGUUUCUACAGAUGUGUCCUAUAAAAUUGGCAAUUUUAUCUAGUAUUUUUACUGUUUGAUGUGAGCACAAGAGUAUUUUUCUACUGAGCUUUACCCCCUGAGUUAGGCGUAGAUUCAAUCCAUAGCACUGAAGAUCCACACUACAGCGCGGUUCAAAUCUAAAGGCAAUGCUCCCACGUCACAGUAAACGCAGCAUAUGUCGGCUCAAUAGGAAAUGACCUUAACAUUUUAAUCUCGGGAGAGCACGGAUCAUUAUCGCUACAGAUUGAAUCUAGGCCUUAGCCUAUCUGUUCUCCUUCUCUCCUUCCUGUUUGGUAGUGAGUAGAGUUUACUGUGCCAUUCCAUUCUGGCUUUCUUUAAUCUCACUGAUCCUUCUAUGCAAAAAAAAUACCUAUUUUAGCCUUUGUACAGACCAUUUUGUAUUAGUAAUAUGUACUGAAAUAAAGUGAUUAGUGGUGAUUGGGGAUAUUCUGUUUGAUUUUCCAAAAUACAUUAUUUGAUUUCU